AUGACGGCUGCUGGGGGCAAUUCCACCCGCAAGGCGAUCGAUGGCGAGCUGUUCGAGAGAUUCAGCCUCGUGUGCUGCGAGGAUGGUGACUGCCGUGAUGAGCUGGAUGCCCUGGGCAUUGGAUCUGAGCCCCCUGCAUUCACAGCUUUUGCCCCGCCAGCGAACGUCCUGCCCACCUCGCUGGACAGUGUGCUGGUAGCUUCCUUCGAGGUGCCCCAGCAGACCGCGUCGUUGUUUACACCGGCUCUUGAACUUGACUACAAUCACGAGCACGAUGUUGUGAAAUAUAUUGUGGACGUGGUGAAGCUGAGGGGCUAA